AUGGCGAGAUUGAGUUGUGCGGAGAGUGCUCCUCCAUGUUCGCCGGCUAAGGCCGUAGCAUGCCACGGAGGCAGCGAGGUCGUGUCCCUUUGGCUGGAGCGUGGAGGUGCCGAAGUGCGCUGGAACUACUCACAACCUGCCAGCGCUGUGAGCAGUGAGCUGCCCAUCCGAUCGCGUUUGCGUCGUCUGCUGCAGCCCCUUUGGCCCUUCGCUCCGCGGCUGCCUUCCGCGCUUCCACUGCUGGGCAUAGCCUUGGGCGAGGUGGCGCUGGUUGCCAAGAGUGGACUGCUGCUGCUCCUCAGUAAUUCGCCGAGCGGCAAGCUGGAGGUGCAGGCACUGGACUACGCUGCUCCGCGUGGGCCAGUCUUGUACCCAAUGCACGACAUCGCCGUGGCUGCUCAGGAUGCGCAAGUGGCCUUUGAUUGCCCAGGCAGUGGUGCAGAGUGCGCGGGCGUUCUGCUUUGCUGGUACUAUGCAGGUGACUUGCGCAACAUACCGGAUUUCCGCUGCACGUACAAAGGCCUUUCGACGUUGAGGGACGCGGAGGGUUUGGGCACUGCAGGGCAGUUCAUCAUUCUGGUUAUGUUUGCUUUGCUCUUCCUCAUGUGCGUAUUAAAGCAGUGCGCAGCCCACGGCGGGUUUGGGCGCCAGCGUGCCCUGCUCCUCGCCAGAAGAGAGGCCCAGGAGGAGCUGCAACAGCGACGCGCGGAGCGUGCUGCUGCACAGGCGCGCACGCAAGAACUGCGGACCCAACUCGCGCAGAUCCCGCUAGUACCACUAGCACCGGGCGCACAGGGCGAAG